CAUUGCGUCCUCGUUCUUUAUAAACCUAAUAACGCCCUAUUCCAGAGAGGAGAGAGAGAAGAGAGGAGAGGUUCUUCGCCAAGUCUGCUCAGCUUCGUAGUAAAUUAUGGUUAAGCAUAACAAUGUUGUGCCCAAUGGGCAUUUCAAGAAGCACUGGCAGAACUAUGUGAAGACCUGGUUUAAUCAACCAGCCCGGAAAGCCAGAAGACGUACUGCUAGACAAAAGAAGGCUGUAAAGAUUUUCCCUAGACCUACAGCUGGAGCACUUCGUCCCGUUGUUCAUGGACAGACGUUGAAGUACAACAUGAAAGUCAGGGCUGGGAGGGGAUUUUCUCUCGAGGAGCUCAAGGCAGCAGGUGUUCCAAAAAAACUUGCCCCAACCAUCGGUAUUGCUGUUGACCAUCGCCGUAGGAACCGUUCCCUGGAAAGUCUCCAGGCUAAUGUUCAGAGGCUGAAGACAUACAAGGCCAAGUUGGUUGUCUUCCCAAGACGUGCUCGCAAGUUCAAGGCUGGUGAUUCUGCUCCUGAGGAACUGGCUACAGCAACUCAAGUCCAAGGUCCUUACAUGCCCAUUGUGCGUGAGAAGCCAUCUGUGGAACUUGUUAAGAUCACAAACGAGAUGAAGUCAUUCAAGGCCUAUGACAAGCUGCGUAUGGAGAGGAUGAACGCACGUCACGUCGGAGUCAGGAUGAAGAAGGCUGCAGAGGCUGAGAAGGAAGAGAAGAAAUAGUGAGUAUGCGAGAAUGGCAUUUGGUUUUUUUGGGCCCGAGUCUAGAUACUGGUUUUGUUUUGAAUCGAUAGCUGUAGCCUUUAUGAAUUCUCUAAUUCACAGUUUUGGAUCAUCAUCUGUUUGGAGUUUGUGUUCCUCCUAUUCCAGAUCGGUUGUUUCUAUUGAAUUUCAUCACUUUUGGUAUUGGGGUUAUGUUUUUUUACCUAUGCCUUGGUAUCAUUACCAGGUGAGUUGUAGCCCAUUGAAAUGUGGGAAUUUUAGGUACAUGUUCAAGUUCCCAUUAUUUGGUUUCUCUCUCAUGAUGGUAUGUUUCUUUAGCAA